CAUCUCCCACUUAAUUAGAAUUGAGAAAACGUGUUGUCUUCUUCUUCACAGCACACUGCACACCUCGUGAAUCGUUAUGUCGUUCCCUUCAAAAAUUGAAAAUAGCUUAUGCGGCAGCCGACAGGGGAAGGUGCAUGCACCGCCGGUGGAAUUAAAUUAAACAAACAAAAUCAAAGGAAACAAUAGAUGCUGCGGCGAGGGAACAUCACAACAAACCUGAAACUGACGGAGAGUGCACCGUCGACGGAAACUGACGGGGAAGCUGCACCGGCGUCGGCGAUGUGGUCGAGCGUGCUGGGGACUAAGGAGAGGAAGCGGCACAGGGUCGACGGAGAGGUUGCGGUGCUGGGCUGCCACGUCGCGGUUCGUCGGUCUGAGUGCGUCGGCGUCGGAGAGAACAUCGAUUGCCGAUUGGGGAUCCAAUUGGCGGCGAGACUCGUGAUGGUGAGGGCUGGCGGCUGGAUUAGGCAGGCAGGGAGCGAGACUGCGAGAGAGGGGAGGGGAAUUACUGAUUAUUAAUAUGUAAUUACAAAUUCCUUUUCCUAAUAGAGAACCAAUUACAAGUUUGUAGCUAAUUAGGAGAAUCUCAGAUUACUACUACGUCUUGCAAAUACGGUAUCGGAAAACCAGCUUUCCGUCGGUUAGUUGGCAUCCGGGUUUCGGUAUACCGCCGUCCCAAAUUCAGCAUCCGAAAACCGUUACCAUCCGGUUAACGGUUUAACCGAUAACCGCGGUUACCGAUACGGUUAUCUGUUAAGCCGUUAACCGGAAAACCGAAUCCCAGCCCUAGAACUAUGUACUGGUUCGCUUGAGUAGAGAGCGAACGAGUGUGGAUUGUGACAGACUUAAGCAAACCAGCCUGAACAAGAUAAAUCACGGCACACGGA